GACGAGCAGAAGUGUGUGGAGACAGUGGAGCUGGGCAGUUAUGAGAAGUGCCAGGACCUUCGAGCGCUCCUCAAGCGGAAACACCGUUUUAUCUUGCUUCGAUCCCCAGGGAACAAGGUCAGCGACAUCAAAUUUCAGGCUCCCAGUGGGGAGGAGAAGGAAUCCUGGAUCAAAGCUCUCAAUGAAGGGAUCAACCGAGGCAAGAACAAGGCUUUUGACGAGGUAAAGGUAGACAAGAGCUGUGCCCUGGAGCAUGUGACCCGGGACCGGGUGCGGGGGGGCCAACGGCGCCGGCCACCAACGAGAGUCCACCUGAAGGAG